GUGUACAUUAAUGUACUGCGGAACAAAACUGUAGAUAUAGACCUUGCACCCGUUCAAGCGCAAAAAAUUCAUGGUAAAGAGUUAAUAACCCUUAGGUUAUUAACUCUUAUUCUUAAAUAUUCUUAUUCUUAAAUAAGAGUUGGUAAUUGAAAUUCCCUCUACUCGCGGAAUUGAAUAAGAAUUCUUGGAAAUAUCGCGAUUAUGUAACGAGAUGCGUGCAUUCGUACCGAUAUCAUUGCAAUUCGUAGCGUCGCGAUGCGACACGAGACGAGUUGCGUUUCUCUUCCGGUUUUACAUUGGUAGCCCUCACUUCCUGACGCUGUUAUUAUGAUGGUAUUUUGGCAUGAAAUUAAAUUAGUUCAUUCGCCUUCAUUAUUUGGAGAAAUUUGCGUUACUUCGCGCCGAUUUCCCUUAGAUGGUGAAAUUCUGUGGUCUUUCGCAUCCGGCACCGCUUUUUCCCGCGUCUGCAUUUCGACGCCUCCGAACCAACCAGAUUAUUCGCAAUGGGGGGACCACGUUUGCAGGAAAGGCACGGAAGUAACUGAAGCGUAAAUAUCCGACGUCCGCGACAGGAAGUCCGCGAGAAUCGCGCUUACGAUACAUCCGCAAGAUCGUGCCGUGUGGUUUCGUGUAACUGUUCAAGUGAGAGUGAUAUCAGGUGGGGCAACGCGAGGUACACCCAGGAACCGUUUUCUGUGCACCGUUCACUGAUUACGUCUCCGUUUAUAAGGCUGCUCAAGAAAGGAAAUUUUAGUCUUCGCGUGGCCGCAGUCUCAGAAGAAUUGGACACUCCGUGCACGGAACGCGAGGAAACAUGAACAAGCUCCGAGUGGGUGUCGAAAUUUGAGUGUAAAUAACGGUUCAGUGACACUCAUUUGUUCAAUCCGUGGUACAAACAUUUGCCUCGAACACGCGUCGAUCGAUUCGCUAAGUGAUCAUUUUCUUUCUCUCUCCAUCUUUUCUUUUCUUUUAAAAGUUCGAAGAUUUGCAGAAGUUUUCGCAGGAUACGCAGUCAUAUUUCGCGAAACACCGUCAUCUUAGUCUGUUUUCGCGUUAUUCACGAUUUGUGAAGAUUAAUUGCAUCUAAUCAACCGCUGUUUCCUUUUCUAGAUACUACUCCUGCUGGUUGUCAUGGCGGCGUUAACAUCAGCGAUCCCGCAUCCCGAUCAUGAUCACGAACACACGCACUUCAUCAUCCAUGUUCCAAAGCAUAUUCAUAAGCAUCAUCACACGCACGUGAAGAAGAUUUACAUACCAGUUAAAAAAGACGAUCAUGACGAUCAUCAUGGGCACGAGGAACACGACGGCUGGUAGAUUACAUCGUACAAUCACCUUGUGAUUAAAGAAGUUGUUAUAUAAUCAUGCCACUGGAUGAUGACGACCAGUUUGUUGUUAAUUCAUUGUUGUAAUUGUUAAUUCAUUGUUAAUUUUACAAAAUAAAUUAUAUUUAUAAACUGUAACUCUCCACAUUCCAACUUCUCUUUUCUCUUUUCUUGCAAUUCUUUUGCAAUCCAAUCUGUAUAUUCUAAAAAGUUGUAACAUUCUUUCGAAAAGUGAAAAACCGAAGGAAAUAUAUAUGUAUAUAUAUUCGCACAAGUUAUUUUUUUAAUAAACGUUUAUUGUAUAAAAAUAUAAUGACAGUUUAACGUGAUGAAAAAGUAUGUACAAGUAUCUUCAUUCUGACUACACGCGUGCAUACAGAGUAUUUGGUUCUUAUGCUAGAAUGCCGUAAGUACAUGAUGCGGCUCGAGUGAUUUUGUACUGAUUGAUUUCAUCCUCUCCUAUUCGACGAGAAACCUCUUAUCAUCGGAUCCGCAACAGAGAAUGGAUUUUAUCAACUGUUACUCGGAAUCUUAUUAUACGAUAACCU